UCAUUUUUAAGAAUGCCAAAAGUUGCUGUCUGUCAAAUAAACAAAUCUCGCAAUGUUUGUGUGAACUUUUGGCGCAAUUUUUCUAAUUGCUCAUAAUAUUAAGACACUAUAAUCUAAAAUGGCAUCUGAUAUCUUUGAAGAGGAUACUGAUGGGUCCAUCGUUAGUAUUCAUGUUCGCAACUUUUUUUGUCACGACAAUUUGAAAGUAAACUUAAAUCGAAAUGUUAAUUUUAUCGUCGGUCGCAAUGGUAGUGGUAAAAGUGCUGUUUUAACAGCGUUGGUGGUUGGUUUGGGUGGCAGAGCGUCUGAUACGAACAGAGGAAGUAAUCUACACUCUUUCAUUAAAAAAGGAGCAAAUUCGGCGACUAUCGAGAUUAAAAUUAAGAACAACAGUUCAAAAGCUUACAAACACAACAUAUAUGGUGACUACAUAACAGUUGUAAGACAUAUCAAUGUGUCGGGGGGCUCCAGUUACAAAGUGAAGUCCGCAGCUGGAGACAUCAUAUCAAAGAAAUAUGAAGAAGUGAAUGCUAUAAUACUAGCCCAUGAUAUCCAAGUAGACAAUCCCAUAUCAGUACUAAACCAAGAUGAUGCUAGAAGUUUCCAUGCUUCAGAUGCAAAGAAAAAGUAUUCACUGUUCCGUCGAGCUACAAAUUUAGAUCAAACGGAGAAUAAUUACAUUAGAGCACUUGACAAUUGUAAAAGGGCUACUGCAAUAUGGACCAGGAAAAAAGAGGCAUGUGCAGACUUAGAAAAGGAAUAUACUAAAUGGAAAACAAGCCAUGAACAGUUGAGAUCGCGCGAUGAGAUCAAGGCAAUUGAAAAGUCGUUGCAGAACGAGUACUAUUGGAGCGAGGUAACGGACUUGGAGAGGAACGUGAACAAGAUACAGAAACAGUAUGACAAGCAGAAGGCAGAGAUGGACAAGCUUAGGGAGAAGCUGAGCCAGAUGGAACAGAACUAUGGAAAUAAUAGCACUGCUAUAGACGAGCUUAAGAGUUUACUUCAAGCGAAAUCAGAGGAGAAGUCGGCUUUGGAGUCUGAAAUGCGUGCGUUGGAAGCGGAGAUGAACAGUGCGCAGGCGCAGCGCCGCGCCGCGCAACACGAUGCCGGCAAGCACGGGGACGCCCUCAACCGCGAGAAGAGGAAAGUGGCCGACUUAGAGAAAGAGAUACAGACCUUUGGCUACGACACGGCGCAGCACGAGGCGGCGCAGGCGCGGGACAACCUCGCGCACGCGCAGGCGCACGCCGACCAGCUGCAGGCGCGCGCGCACAGGCACGCCGACUCCAUACGACAACUGAAGCAGCAGCUUCGUGAGUUAGAGUCGCGGGGAGACGACUCGCUGGCAGUUUACGGCAGUAACAUGGUGGAGCUGUGCCAGCGAGUCAAGGCAGCCGUCGACCGCGGACAUUUCUCCAAACCGCCGAAGGGACCCAUUGGGGCUUACCUGAAGGUGAAGGAGAAAAGAUGGGGCGGGGCCCUUGAACAUAUUCUCGGUGGUUCCAUCCAAUCAUUUUGCGUGAAUACGGCUGAAGAUUCAAGAAAACUCAUCCAGAUAAUGAAUCAGGUGUACGGCAGCGCGGCCAAGCCGGGCGUGACGUGCAGCCGCUUCCUGCCGCGCGCUCACGACGUGCGUCGCACGCGCGUGGCGGCGCCCGGCUUCGUGUCGGCGCUGGACUCGCUGGACGUGGCCGACCCCGUCGUCGCCAACUUCCUCAUCGACAACGUGGCCAUGGAGAGUGUGCUGCUCGUGCCCGAUCACGAUGACGCGGUCCGCCUAUCGGACACGGAGGAGAACGUCCCGGUGAACUGCGCCAAGAUCGUGACGCUGGACUCCACGGAGUACCACCCCGCGCCCAACUACCGCAUCUACGGCGGCGCGGGCCGGACCAGCCGGUUCUUACAUCUCAGUACGGCCGAGAGAAAGAAACAAGUGCUAGCCGAGAUAAAAGAAGCUGAGGCGACGCUCCAGGGGCUGGAAGCGAAGGCAGAGGAGGCGUGUCAGGAGGCGGCGCGCGCGCGCGACGGCGAGCGCGGCGCGCACGAGCGGGCCGAGGCCGCGCGCGGGGCCGCCGCCGCGCUGCAGCUGCAGCAGGCGCCGCAGUAUGCUGUGCUGGUGGACGAAUUGAACAUAUCAAAAGAGAAAAUGAACACUCUCAACCAGCAAGUGGAAGAGCUGUCGAAGAAACAGGCGCAAUACCGGCAGAAAAUUGAGGAGUACGAAACCAAGAUGAGGUCGGUGAAGAACCAGCUGGCUGAAGUCACCACGAAUUGCAGGAACUUGCGAGAAGAGAUAGACCAGGAACAAAUGAAGUUGGAUCAAGGUGUGACUAAGCGAAAGAUGUAUGAACAACGGCUUCGGGAGGACGGUAUCAAGAUGACGCAAGUCGAGGUCAUACUCGGGGACAAGCGCAACGACAUCAACAAGAAGAUUGAGGCUGCACAACGACUCUGCCCUAGGGUAGAAAAUCCAAGAGACGUAGCGAUAGUGACGAACGAGUUGAAGAAGAUCCAACUGAAGCUGUCUGCGAUCCGCAGCGACGGGCUGACGGAGGCCGAGGUCACGGAGCGGCUGCUGCAGGUCGAGCGCAAGUACCGCCGCACCAGGCUCACGCUCGAGAGGCUCAAGACGCUCAUCGACGACAUGAAGGUGACAACUGAUAAGCAUCUGAAGUUCUGCUACAGUGUACAGACGAGCAUCGCCAGGCGAGUGCAGCACAGCUUUCAAGCUAUGCUUACACUGCGAGGAUACUCGGGCCGCAUGGACAUCGACAACGGCGCGGCGACGCUGGAGAUCGUGUGCUCUGGACGCGAGGGCGAGGCGCGGCGCGCGGCCAGUACGUCGUCGCUGUCGGGCGGCGAGCGCUCCUACUCCACCGUGGCCUUCAUCAUGGCGCUCUGGGACUGCGUCGAGCUGCCCUUCUGCUUCAUGGACGAGUUCGACGUCUUCAUGGACAACGUGAAUAGGAAGAUAGUAAUGGACUUGUUGAUAGACCAUGCGCUACACAAUACAAACCGGCAGUUCGUGUUCCUGACGCCGCAGGACGCGUCCUCUGUCACGGCCGGGCCACAGAUCAGCAUACACUUAAUGGCGGACCCGCGGCCCUAGUACGUAAGCAUUUUUUACAAAUAAUCCGUUGGAGAUUAAUGUCGUUGAUUGUUAUUAUAUAAUUAUAAUAAAGAACAGUACAAAGUUUGAAAAUCAGGUACCUUUGUUAUAAAGAUGUACUUUGUUUUAUAAUAUUGUUUAGUAAUUGCCGAGGGUGGCAAAAAUAAAUAAAAACAUAUUUUUAAAUAA